CCGAAAUCUAGAUCCUUCGCCCCGGCCAUUCACCCAGGCAGCGGUGCCCGUUUAGGACCGCUCAAGCCUGCGUUCCAGGCUACGGGCGCCACUAAGAUGCCUCUCCCUCCCGACGCCCCGGCUUGCCCCUGUCUCCAUUGACCUCGCUCAUUCGGCGGGGGCGACAGGGCUCCAACAGGCAGAAAUGGCGGGGCUUGUAGGAUUCUCGUUCCAACAUCCGACAUUUGGUGUUGGUGUUGGACGUGUUGGACGACGCUGACGGAUAUAAAGUGAGUGUCUUUGACGCUAUUUUCACUCUAUCUUCGCUUAUUUUUCAAUCCAAUUCACUUGUCCUCCAAUUCACUUGGUGCCUUUGGAAGAAGCCGUCAACAUGUCUCGGCGAUCCGCAGGAAUGAUGAACAUCCCGCGGGGGGUGGACGUCGUCAACCCCAAUUACUUACAUCCCCAUCUCGUCAUGAUCGGCGAUGUCAACGCCCUCCCCCUAGACCUCGUAGUCCAAUUCUCUUUCCUCCUCAUGGGAACAGGCCACCUCUUCAGCGGCAAACCCGCAACCCGGCCACUUCCACCCCCAGAAGAUGAAGACGAAAAGACGCUCUGCGCACGCCCCUAUAACGAUUGGGCCCCGGCACCCUACAACGCCUGCUCCAUCCGCGCAGACUCCUUCAUGAACAGAGCCAUGACCACCGUCUCGGGUUUCGGCGACAUGCUCUCCAUCGUCACCUCGACCAGCACGGAGUGCGAUCGCGAUCUGCACCACAUGAAGACCCGUUUGCUCUGCGGCGCGCAGCCCAUAUCGAUUGCGAGGUGGCGCCAGAAGGGUUUGCAUGAGCUGGAGAACAUUCAGCGCGCGUGUCAGCAUCUAUGUGCUGUUGUGGAUGCGUUUGAGUAUCUUAACCUCCCGCAUAAUGAGGAGAGGAUGCGGAAGGGGUGUAAUGGUGUCUGGAAUGCGUGUCACGACUUUGAGAAGGCUCUGAAUGCGUAUAGAAGGGAAAAGGGGCGCGGGGGUCCGGUGAGCGUCACGGCGCUGUGGGAGGAGUAUAUCGUGGACUUCUUUCAGACCAUCGCAGCCAGGGCGCACGCGUGGGUUAUGGCACGGAUUGGGGAGCUGAAAGAGGCUCUUCUCCUCCAGCUGCGUCAGACCACGCCAGUGUCCGACGGCCCGGCGUCCGCGGCGCAGAUGGAGAUCCUGGACCGGUUCCACGACCUUACCGAGAUAACGAACAAGGCGGAUACGAAGAUUAUGAUGCCGUUGUGGGGGUAUACCCUCCGCACUCUUACCUCCGCGGCGCCGAGGCUGAGGGAUGAUUGGAACGGGUAUGACGGGCGGGAGGCGAUGACGGCGUAUCCGUAUGAUAUGCGGCUCCGCUCCAGGAUUUACGGGAUUCGGUGCCGAUAUCUCAGUCGGUCGGCGCAGGUUCAGCGUGCGAUGGAGAAUAUCAGGCUGGGGAGGGAGGUGCCGGCUUUGUCUGAUCCGAGGGGUUUGGAGGCCACGUGCCGGGCGCAGAUGAGGGAGUAUGAGCAGGCGAGGACGGAGUUGCGAGGGGCGGUGCCGGAGGUGGGUGAUGAGCCGUGGAUUGCUGGUGUGAAGGGGAUUAUGCAGACGGCAGCCCAUCGUCCGUUUAGGGUUUGGGGGUUUGUUGGGUAUCGUGUGUCGUAUGAGCAUUCUGAUGAGGAGUGGAAGGCGUUUCUUGGGAAGUUUAAGGAUGACGUUACGGCGUGGGGGGAGGGUGUUGAUGGAGCUGGAGAUGUGAAGCCUAUGUGCAAAGUGCGGUGGAUUGAUGGACGGGAGCAUGGGAUUCCCGAGGGGGACGUUGAUGCGGCCAAGAGACACUAUGAAGAAUAUAGUAAGUCUCCGGCGUGCGAGGGCUUCAUGACUCUCAGCGGAGGUGUCUUUCUGGUCGCGGACAAGGCGUCCAUCGAUUCAUACUUGCACCCAGUCAAAGAUAACGCGGAACCGAUCAUCCCCCGCGGCGACCUGGGUUCUUUUGUCCUGCUAGCCAAGCCGGAUGACGAAGAUAGGGAGGACAGGGAGCCGUCAACGAGGGAGAGGAGGCCGUCUCGAGACGCAGCUGGAAGACCGACCAUGAGGCGGGACUGGAAAUUUGACGGCACCGUGAGGGUGCUCGGGACGGUCUUGUUCGACGAUGCUUGGGCUCUGUUGUCACGGAACUCUGUCAAGCUGCCGGAUCUGGCAAAGAUGGCACUGGUCCAUCCGCGUCAGGUUUACGUUGGGCCGAGUGUGCCGCUGGAGAGGGACGGGUGGUGGACGGCGGGUGUUUGUGGGUUGACGGUGUUCAAGUCUUUUGAGAAAUGGAAGACGUCGUGAGGGUCUUUCUCAUAGCUCUACGAAGUUAUGUGAUGAUUGGCCGGUAGAUGGUGAUGGGAGAACUUCCGAGGCCGCCCUGGUGAGCGGCAAUAGGGAUGUUAUUCUAGACGAGAUAUCCAUUGAAACCCUUGUAAUACACACUUUCCCGUCUCCUUGAAAAGCCUAAGCUUUACUUCAAUGCAUAUUACUUUAGAC